UGGGAUUGGCGAGCUCGGGAUCAGGGGCGGUUUGGGGGCGGCGGGGGCGCGCGCGGGGCGUGUCUCCCGUGCGACCUCGGCCUGCGCGUCUCCGCCAUGGCUGCUUCGCUGGUGCUGCGGCGAGGACGAGCUGGGCCGCUGAAGACUAUGCUCCUAGAAGCACGAGUAUUUCGAGGAUUUGCCUCUACAGCUUCUCUCUGUGCGGAAUCAGGGAAGAAUGAAAAGGGACAUUCACUAAAUCCCAAGAAGCAAAGUCCACCAAAAAAUGUAGUGGAACCAAAGGAGAGGGUCAAGCCACUAACCCCCCAGACAGCAGCUGCGCCGCCUGACAGCCUGUCUCCACCCCGUUCUCCCCUGCCAUGUGGGAGCAGAGGCGGGACACUAGCUAGCCCCCACCCCAGUGGCAGCAUGCUGCUCUCAGAGGAAGGGCCCCUGCAGCGGUUUUCGAGGAAGACUUUGGUAGAAUUUCCUCAAAAGGUCCUGCCUCCAUUCCAAGAACAGGGUUCUGACUCCAAGGUUCACCAGGUUCCUGGGAACCAGAGGGAUGAUUCGUCGUCGUCCUCCUCCUCCUCCUCCACAUCCAGCUCCUCCGAUUCAGAGUCUGACGAGGAGGGGGAUGUCCCAGAAGUUGGUCCCCAAGGGGUGAGCAAAGGCAAGGGACGAUUUUCAAAGCCAGAGGCCACCCGCCCCUUUGAGAAGAAAGACCCCAAAGCCACGGCAUCUGCAAAAGAGAAUACUGGGGUGCAGAGGCCACCCAUGGAUGUCACCUACCCAGGGCAGCCCCGUCCGCUGAAGAAGACGGGGCCCUCCACCAAGUCAGUAAAGGACAGAAAAGAAGCCAAACCAAAACCCACCACACCCAGCUCACAGGCCAGUGAAGAGAUCUUGAAGAAAAAUGUAAAGAAAGAAGAACUGCAGAAAAUAUUUAGUGCCCAUGAGACAGAUGAAGAAAGCCAAAAGCCAUUUGAUGUUCAGGACACCUUAUCUGGCCACACAAAAGCUGGAUCUUCGACACAGCAGAGUGGCGGCCUAGUGUUCGCAGCGCAGACAGAAGAGGCCAGGGCGCGGGAUCAGCUGCCAGCUGCUGCCCCUGGGGCCCAAGGCCUAGAACCUCAGGUGCCUGGGCCUGGUUGGAAAGCCUCUUCUUCCCUAGCCAGAGAAGAAAACGUGGGGAAACAGGUAACGGAAAGACACUCAAAGGCCAAAGGGGGCAUCUUGGAAGAUCAGGUACCAGUGAGAGACGUGAAGAAGGCAGACGUCUCUGGAGAGAAGGCCUCAGGACCACAGCCUGAGGAGAGGGGCCAGGCCGAGGCCGCCGAAGACGCAGCGCCCUGCGGGGAAGCCCAGGGCCACACACAGGAGCCCGCCCAGGCUCCAGUGCCCCCCGAGCUGAAUGACACCACCACCUACAAGAACCUGCAGCAUCACGACUACAACACGUACACAUUCCUAGACCUGAACCGGGACCUCUCCCAGUUCAGGAUGCCUCAGCCCUCUUCUGGACGUGAGUCCCCUCGGCACUGAGCCCUCUUCUGGACGUGAGUCCCCCCGGCACUGAGCCCUCUUCUGGACGUGAGUCCCCUCGGCACUGAGCCCUCUUCUGGAGUGACCCGGCCUCGUCUUGGCUGCAAAAAUAAAAAAUCACUUGAGUCACAAA